AUGGCGUUUGAUCCGUGUGGAUUUGACGAUUUUAGCUCGUGUGUUGUCAUUUGUAUCUCAUAUGGAUUUGUUGAUGGUCCUGUUGGUGAGGAUAUGUUCCACUGGCAAGCAACGAUAAUGGGUCCUCAAGACAGCCCUUAUGCUGGGGGAGUUUUUCUGGUCACUAUUCAUUUCCCACCCGACUACCCAUUCAAACCACCAAAGGUUGCAUUCAGGACUAAAGUGUUUCACCCAAAUAUUAACAGCAAUGGGAGUAUUUGCCUUGAUAUCUUGAAGGAGCAGUGGAGCCCUGCCUUGACCAUUUCAAAGGUCUUGCUCUCUAUAUGCUCGCUUUUGACCGACCCCAACCCCGAUGAUCCUCUGGUGCCAGAGAUAGCUCAUAUGUACAAGACAGACCGGACUAAGUACGAGCAAACUGCAAGGAGCUGGACCCAGAAUCCAUUCUUCAACGCAAACGGUUCGAGAAAACGGCGGCGGCGGCGGCUGAUUCAAAUUCCGCUUCCGUUUGGAGAAGUUGAAAAUCAGAGGAUCAGUUACAACGGAGUGGGUGACGGCGGGGAAAUGGAUGAUAGAGUGGAAGUUGUGGCAGGAUCUACUGCAUGGCUAGGCAGAGGGCUUUCAUGUGUUUGUGUUCAAGGAAGAGACAGUGAUGCUCGCCCAUCGUUUGAUUUGACAGCAGCACAGGAGGAAUGCUUGCAUAGACUACAGAACCGGAUAGAUGUGAACUAUGAUAGUUCUGUUUCAGAACAUCAGGAAGCUUUAAGGGCUUUGUGGAGUGCUGCCUUUCCUGGAGAGGAACUCCGUGGAUUAAUAUCAGAGCAAUGGAAAGAAAUGGGUUGGCAGGGUAAAGAUCCAUCUACAGACUUUAGGGGUGGUGGUUUCAUAUCGUUGGAAAAUUUGUUAUAUUUUGCGAGAAACUUUCCAAAAUCAUUUCAAGAUUUACUUAAGAAGAAGGAAGGUGAUCGUGCAUUGUGGGAAUAUCCCUUUGCUGUAGCUGGUGUAAACAUCACAUUCAUGUUAAUUCAAAUGCUUGAUCUUGAAGCAGUGAAGCCCAGAACACUUGUGGGAGCCACCUUCUUGAAGUUUCUUGCAGAAAAUGAAUCAGCGUUUGAGCUUCUUUACUGUAUCACAUUCAAGCUAAUGGACAACCAGUGGCUCUCCAUGCAUGCUUCUUACAUGGAUUUCAAUGCUGUGAUGAAAGCCACUCGCCGGCAGCUGGAGAGGGAGCUUCUGCAAGAAGAUGUUGCAAGUCUUGAAGACUUGCCAUCCUUCGCUCUUCUCAGUUGCUAG